AUGAGACAGGGAAACACACAACCAGCGGAUGAAGUUAAGGGCCUGACACAUGAAGAGUAUCACAGGUACGGCCGUCAGAUGAUUGUUCCUGAGGUUGGAUUUGAUGGCCAGUUACGUCUCAAGCAGGCUCGAGUCCUUGUUGUUGGAGCUGGAGGGCUGGGAUGUCCUGCUCUGAUGUACUUGGCUGGAGCUGGAGUAGGGGAGAUUGGAAUCGUAGAUGGAGAUACAGUCGACGUAUCUAAUCUUCACAGACAGGUGAUGCACACGAGCGAUCUGGUGGGCGAGUACAAGGUGGAAAGUGCCAGACAGUUCAUCGAAAGACUGAACCCGAAUGUCAUUGUCAAGACCUAUCCUGUGAGAUUGUCGCCAGCCAAUGCGUUUUCCAUCUUCCAAAACUAUGAUCUCGUGUUGGACUGUACUGAUUCUCCCUUCUCGAGAUAUCUCAUAUCGGAUGUUGCUGUGCUCUCGAAGCUCACAGUUGUGUCUGGCUCGGGGUUGAAGACAGAAGGACAGCUCUCGAUUCUCAACUUCAACAACACUGGUCCAUGCUAUAGAUGCUUUUAUCCUUCCCCUCCCCCUCCAAACAGUGUCACCAGUUGUAAAGAUGGCGGUGUUCUGGGACCCGUUAUCGGCAUGAUGGGUGUAAUGAUGGCACUGGAGACAAUAAAGGUCCUAACAGGGUUCUGGAACGAUGAUAAUUUCCAACCGUUUUUAUCGAUCUAUUCUGGAUACGAUAAACAAACGUUGAAAACAUUCAAGAUGAGAGGUAGAAAACCACAAUGUUUGUGUUGCGGUGGCUCUAUUACUAAAGAUAUGAUCGUGAAUGGUGAGAUUGACUAUGCCGAGUUCUGUGGUGUCGUUGAUUACAACGUGUUGAGCCCAGAAGAAAGAAUAUCAGUGGAGCAGUAUAAGGAACUGUUAGAUACAGAACAUAUACUCAUAGACGUCAGACCUGUGGAACAUUACAACGUGGUGAGCCUGCCAAACUCCAUCAACAUUCCAUUGGACACCUUACAGAGAAUUAAAACCAAGGACGACCUCAACUUUGACACUACAAAGCCGGUAUACACUAUAUGCCGAUACGGAAAUGAUUCUCAGUAUGCGUCAAAACUGCUCAACGAUAACUUUGGCUUGAAGACCAAAGAUAUAAUCGGUGGUCUUCAUCAAUGGUCUGAGAAAGUCGAUCCUACACUUCCAACGUACUGA